GUUAGAAUGCCGAAUGAAGAUGACGAGAAUCCUCCUUUGAAAUCAACAGGAUUUUGGAACCCUGAUCCAGGUUUUUUCGUUACAUCCGUCUCGAUUGCCACAAACUUCAUAAUCUCUAACAUGUUCUUAUAUGGUCUUACUGGUCGCGCGAGGCUUUCAUACAUCUUAAGCAUGAUGACAAUACCAUGUUCUGUUAUCCUAUGUGUACGUGAUGCGCGAUACGAUUUUGAACGCUGGAAAGAGCUCGCUUCAUUACGGCAGAAGGGUAUCCCAGAUAGGUUUAUGCCGUACAAGUGUAAAUAUGAUUGGACGAACUAUGAGAAACUUAUGGAAAGAAAGGCAAACGACUAG